AUGACAUGCAACAUUUAUUCCGCGGAACCCGCUCAUCCGGUCCUUGCCCACUCCCUGCUCAGUGAGCCAAGACCCACAACGAUCGACCAACCCAUCCAUGGACCAACGACCAAUGAUUGGGACCUCAAGGAUGACUGGACUACAGGCCUGGGAGUAUCUAAAGAUGGUGUUUUCCGAAGCGGAACGAUCAUUGGUUUCUCACGACUACGAAACAGAAGCAGCGAUAGUGACGAAUAUGUCGGACAGCUUCCGCGCUAUCUUCUCACAGAAUAUCUGCGGAAGAACCCCCCAUCAUCUGAAGCAAACACCUUCAUAAUCUACCCCAGUUUCUCCGAUGCAUUUGCUGCCAGGACCUUACUCACCAGCCUGCAAUCUGGCCCAUCGCCUCUAUCCAGAGAGGAUGCCAUGAAGAGGCUGGAUUGUGUACAACUAUAUCCAGUGCAAAAUCUGCCAGAUGCCGCCCAAGCCAUCAAACAGGUCUCGGAACUGUUGCAGCAGGCCGAAGAAAACCGACAGCUGUCGGACCAGGCAGCAAGUCCAAUCUACCCCGCUAUCAUCCUUGUCGUGGUCGGCCUGGAUACGUUGGCUGAGGGCAUUAUUCGGACUUCUAAUACAGCUAGGGGAUCGGCCGUGCUUGCGAGUACCUUACGGGCAUUGACGCGCAUGUCUCGCACACAUGGCUCUUUGCUUUCUAUCUUGCUUGUCAAUACUAGUGGACUUGGGUCUUCUCCUUUCGACGCUGGUCAAGAUACGUCGAGUGGACGGGCUGCUAUGAUCGGCAGCGGUGAAAAUGACACAAGACCAUCUAACCAUGAUGGGAUUCAUUCUAUCUUCCAGCUGCCUGGCUCUCAGGUGCUGUCAACUUUACUGAUGAGAACGCUGGAUCAGGGAAUCGAUACGCACAUCUUACUUUCCGAUGUGAAAUACGCGCGUGUGGCAGAGGUCAUUAAAGAUCGCACUGGUACGGGUUUGGGGAAAUGGGGAAUAUGGUCACCUCCGAGAUGA